UCCUUGUAUCCUCUCUCUCUUGCCUGAUUUAUUUUCCUCCAUUUGGACUUUGCCCUUUCCUGCCCUCUGGGUGUGUCACUUAGUGUCACACAGCUACAAGCAAUACAUGACAGUGGUUGCAGAGGGGCUCCCUUCAUCGGAGACAACAGAUAGGUGAAGGGAACGAAUCAAGAGUCCCUGUCCAGUAUGGAUCUGUCUGCGCUGGAUGUGCCAGCGGAAUUAGCUGCUCUUUUGAAUUCGGCACAGGUAAAGACCCAUGCCCAAGGCACAGGGAUCACGGAGGUGCCUCCGCCACAGAUCAAGGUUCAGACUUUCCUUUCGCUUCCUCAGGAUAUAAACAACUAUCCAUUAUCUAUCUUUAUUCGUUCCUAUUUUAAGAAUCCUGUUCUUCCACCAUUGGGUCAACCAUUGCAGGACCCCCUGACUCGUUUAACACAGAAUGACCAUGGAGUUGCUCUGGAAUUGUACAAAUUGGCCCUGCGGUUCAUGGGUAACACCACAAUGCCCCCUUGGCAGCAAAGGAUUAUGGGUAACUACAUUGUGGAACGCUGCCUGAGGCAGCCAUCACUUAAAGAUGAACUUCUUUGUCAAGCAGCAAGUCUGACCGUGCAGAACAGCAAUGAAGAACAGAGCCAGAGGGCAGGGCUACUUCUUUCUGGUCUGCUCAGCUGUAUUAUCCCUUCACCUACUCUAGAGAUGCCACUGCUCAAGUAUGUCUCUGAUCAAGUAUUUGAAGGAUAUAGGGCCAUAUGCCAGAACAAAUUGCUUCGUGCCAAGCAAAAUAACCUUGGCGUGUUUCGCUCACAUGCCCCUACUUUGCUGGAAUGGACCGCCAAUGAGAGAAAAGGGAAGAUGGUCAUGGAUGUGUUUACAUUUAAUGAGGAAAAAUAUUCUGCAGAAGUGGAUUCGUGGACAACUGGAGAACAACUGGCAGGCUGGCUGCUGCAAUCCAGAGGUGCUGGGGACAAUCCUCGUGGCUGGUCUGUCUCCAUUCUGGAUGGUGAUCAGUGGUUUGAUCUAUCAGGAGAUGACUUUUUGCUGGAUAUAAUUGCUGAGAUAGAAGAUGGAGCUCCCUCUCAGCCCUUUUCAACAUCUGAAUACCUUUUUGGAGAUAAUGGUGGCAUCCCUGAACCUCCACUAGACUUUGCUCCACUGCUCCCACCAGGACACCCAUCUUUCCCAGCACCUGGACUUCCUCCGGAUCCUCCACCUCUCCACGCGCCCAGAGCUCCACCUCUCCCUCCACCCUUCCUUCCACCCUUUCCUUCAUCUUUUGGAAGACCCGAUUCUUCAAUCCCCCCAGCUCCACCCAUGCUGGCCCCUUCUUUUCCAGGUGAAGCAAUGGAACCAGGUGUAGAUGAAAUGUAUUCAGUGAACAUUAAUGGAGGACCCCAAAGAGUGGAGAGCUACCUAGACCAGCUUUUUAAUCCAGUGCUAUCAUCACCAACAGAUUUAGACCAGACUCACAAUCUCAACUGGCGGAUGAAGGGAGGUGGAGGCAUUGGACCUACAAGACAAAAUCCUUUUGCCCCUCAAGGUUACCCUGGGGUUGGCGCAAUGUCAGCAUAUUCUAUGCCUGCAAUGAAUGGUAUGAUGCCUACAAUGGGAAUGAUGCCCACCAUGCCAAGUAUGAUGCCCCAGUCUAUGAUGCCCCAGUCUAUGAUGCCCCAGCCUAUGAUGUCCCAGCCUAUGAUGUCCCAGCCUAUGAUGCCUCAAAUGAUGGCUCAGCCAAUGCCCAUGGCACAGCCAAUGAUGCCCUCUGUAGACCCUUCACAAAUGGCUGCCCAACAAGCAUUUAUUCAGCAGCAGGCCUUGCUUUUGGCACAACAAAUGACACUUCAAGCUACAAUGUUGUCCCAGCAGCAGCAAGCUCGCCAGGAUCCUCCACAAAGAAACAGAGACCGUUCCCCCCCGCCAGCUCCAAAACCUGCUCCUAAGAUACUUCCUAAACCAUCCCCGGCUUCCCCCCCAGGGUCAAAGCCAACACCAACCCCACCUACAGCUCCUACAUCACCUCCAGCUGCUCCACCUCCACCGCCUGUGCCUGCUGCUGCACCUCCACCUCCUGCUGCUCCUCCAUCUUCAUUACCCCCUAUGCCCCCUCUGCCUAAAACUUCAGAGAAUCAGAUUCCAGAAAGACCCAGGGAGGUAUACUGGGAUGAAAUGGAUGGUACUGAGUAUUCAUAUCAAAGGAAAACAUUCCAGCAGAAGAGAGACUUCUUCCAAAAGAUAGAGGCUCAAGAGGUUCGAGUGAAAUCUGUGAAACCACCUUCUAAAAUUCUGCUACCAGUUCCUGUAACAAAGCCAGUAAGUGACAGUGACAGUGACAGCGAUGAGGAACCUCCAGAGCCACCGGAACCAGAGCCACAACCAAAAAUAUCACCUCCAAAGGCGCCAUCCAUCAUACCCCCUCCUCCUCCUAAACUAGACGACGCUCCAGUUAAAGAGGCUAAGCAGGUUCCUGAAGUAAAAUCUGCACCUAGACGACAACCCAGCAAUCAAAUAAGAGAUAUCAUCAAGAUGUAUCAAAGCCGUCCCCAAGAAGAACCUAAACCCUAUGAACCAGUCAGGAGAACAGCCCAUACCUUCUUAAAGAAGAAAGAUCCCAAAGAGGAAGCUCUCGAGAGACUCCGGAACUCUGCACCCUCUCCAGAUGGGAAAGCUAUAAAGCCGCCACCACCACCACCUCCAUUUUCUCCUACAGAAAAGAGUGAGCCAACAAAUUCUAUUCGAGAGAAGCAAAAGCCACUUUUAGGGCUCUUUUCAUCUGGUUUACCACCGGCCCCAGAAGUUCAGGCUCCAAAGGGUGCAGGAAGAACUCUUGAAGGUGACCACUCCACCAGGUCAGCUCUCAUCAAACAUAGUGCCAGUGUUUACUUCUCCUACAGUGAUGUGAACUGGAGACUUUAUGUGCGGAAGGAAAUCUUCUAUCCGAAGGAAAAAUUCACUCAUCCAUAUUAUUUGAACCUUCUGUGUGAGCAGAUAAUUCGAGACACAUUCUCAGACACUGGUUUCAAGCUGUCUAAAGAGGAGAGACGGAAGAUGAAAGACUUCUUAAGUGAGCACCAAGUAGGAAGUGAUGCCAGCUCCAUCACAGAAGAUUCUAUUAAGAAACGUAUUGUCAUAGCUGCCCGGGAUAACUGGGAGAAUUAUUUUUCCCGCCUCUUCCCUGUCACGCUGGAUGAUGAUAUAGAAAAACUGCUUUUGGGGGUUUCUCACCGAGGGAUCCGGCUUCUGAAGGAUGUAAAUUCAACAGGAAUCCAACAGAGAUAUCUGAAGACUCUGUACAGCUACAGUUAUGUAGAUAUCCUGUCCUUGGAAAUGUCCGAUUCCCGCACUUUGCGCUUUUGUCUACGUACUGAGGACCUGAGUUUGCGCUCCGACAGAGCACAGGCACUAAAAAGCUUGGUGGAACUGUUUCUGCAGGAACUGAUAAAGGAAUCCAAUCAUGUGGUUGCGCUACGUAGUCAUUUUACUGAUGAUAAAAGUCUACUUCAGUUCAAGAAGGGUGACAUCAUCAAAGUGAUGUCAAUGGAUGGAUUGGAACCAGGCUGGCAGUUUGGUUCUCUCGGAGGAUACUCAGGUCUUUUCCCAUCCCGAUUUGUGCAGCCAGCUGCAGCCCCAGACUAUUACUCUCCAGUGGACAAAAGAGAAAGCGAAAUUAUCAAGCCCCGCCCUGUGGGUCUUCGCAGAACCUUCAGCACGGGGAGUGGCAAGGUGAGCGAGGCGUCAUUCCAACAUCAGAGUCCUUCACCUUCACCUUCACCACAACCCAUUGAUGCAACACAUUACACCAUGGUGGAGUUCGCACUGAAAUAUUUCCGGGAUGCACAGAGCAUGCUCGGGUGGAAGGGAAUGGCUGCUGAAGGGAAGAAAGCAAUUGAGCUGGUGCAGCACACAAAGGUACCAAUUCAGGAGUCUUUAAUAUUAUAUCAUGACAAAGAGCUGAAUGAUCUGGCAACAAACAACUUUAUGGCUCUGAUGAGGUUCAUGGGAGACCAGCAGUACCGGGAGCAGGAUGAUGUCAAAUGUAUCUAUGAGAUCUUGGUGCUGUGCAGAGAAAACCCGAUGCUAAAAGAUGAGGUCUACUGCCAGGUGCUGAAACAGAUCACAGAAAACCCCAAACAGGAAAGCUGCAACCGUGGCUGGAUUAUGCUGAGCCUGAUGACUGGAUAUUUCUCGCCUACCCCCACUUUACUGCCAUGUGUUACCAAGUACCUCCAGGACACUGUUGGUGAUUAUCAAGAAAUCUCUCGGAGCUGCCAAGAACACUUGCGCCAUACUGUGCUGUAUCAUGGCCGCCGGCAUUUACCCCCGCGGAAUGAAGUGGAAGCUCUGCUGAAUGGACGGAUGUCUCGACGUGCUAUUAUAGUUUUGCCAGGCGGAGUUGAAUACACCACCAAAAUCAAGACCUUUUCUGUGGCAGCCGAUCUGGUCCCUGAGGUAUGUGAUCAGUUGAUGGUCUCUGAUCCAAAUGAGUUGGAAGAAUUUGCCAUAUUUGCCAACAAGAAUAAAGGUGAGAUGAUACGGCCUCUGCGUCCCGGGGAUUACAUUCAUGACUUCCUGCUCCAGGACAAUUCGGUGAUCUUGGAGUUCAAAAGGGUCACAUGGAAAGCGACACUGAAGGGACGUAGUGAACUCUAUGUUCAAGUGCAUUUCAGCCAGGUGCGACUUGAGUACAUGCAAGGUAAAGCUUUGUUACUCAGCCCACAAGAUAAACUAGAGAUGUUCGCAGGGACAGUGGCAGCCAUUCUUCAUAAAAUAAAAGGGAUGAACGCUCCUCCGGACAAACAGGAGCUUCUGAGUUACAUUCCCAGCUCUGUGCAGAAUCGCUUGAACCUACAAGGUGUGCAGCAAUACCUCAUGCAGGAGCUGAGGUCAUUAAAUAACUUGAGUGUCCAGCAGGCCAAGCUCCGCUUUUUAGAAACCGUGUCUGCUCUCCCGCUGUUUGACUACACUAUAUUUAGCAUUCAAAGGAUCAGUGAGCCUGAUGUGAUCUCCCCUUGCUAUGUAGCGGUGAAUGAUUAUCAACUUAUUAUACUCCAAAAUAACAGUCCGAAACCACAUACCACUGUCAGCUUACAAGACAUACAGAGCAUGCGCACUAUGCGUCCUCUGGAUAGCAACACACUCCCAGGGGUGGAGCUGCACUAUGGCUCAGCAGCCAAUCCACGUACACUAUGGGUGGAGCUCCAGGAGGCUAAAGAGCUGUACCACACACUGGCCUUGAUCAUAGAGAACAAGGAUGCGUCUGUAUAGUAGAAAGAAAUAGAAAGAGAUCAUGUAUAAAUACACCUUAUUCAAUUUGUCAUUUCAUGUGAUCAGAAAUGAAUGUCUGCCUGUACCAUUGAAUUAUGUCUAUCAAAUUAAAACUGGGAAUGUCCAAGCUGCCCUGUGUGUACAGUGGCUUGCUGUGCUAGGAUCAGUUGGUUAACCAAUCUUUGCUUUUAUUUGAAUGCAGGUCUAGUCAUAUUAAUACCUGAUAGAAAUAUUGUGACUGUCAAUGUAAAUAGUGAAAUGCCUGUUAUCUGCAGUUACUUAUCUAAAUCCAAACACCAAAAAGUAAUAUAAUGCAGCUUGCCAGUCCUUAGAUGUAGUUGCAUUUGUUUUGCUUUUUCAGUAUAAGUCCUUUUUCUACAAUUACAUAAGCUUUUUUUUUUGUCAGAAUGCUAUAUUUUUUUUUUGUAACUUCCUGUGUUCCGAGAAAAUUUGCAAACAAUAAUAUCAGUUUUUUUUGCCAACUUCUCUGAACUGCAAAAGAAUGACUCCCUACAGGCAUGGACUGGCCAUUGGGACUACUGGGAGUUUCCCGGUGGGCCGAUGGCUCAGUGGGCCGGCUUCAGAGACAGCGCAC